AUGGCCGUAAAUAAAAUAAAUCAUCAAGAUUCAGAACCAUUGCUAUCAGAAUCAUCUGAAGAACUUACAGCAACAGCCUAUCACACUGAAUUUGAUACUAUGUUGCCUAAUGAACCACUACCACCGCAACAUCCUAUGCGUUUUCUUGGUUUGUCGGCGCAAGUUUUUUUCUAUUAUUUAGGCUAUGGUUAUUUGCAAGAGCUUCUAUUUACAUUGGACGGUUUUGAACACACUUCUUGGUUUUUAUCAUGUUAUCAAUUUUUUAUUUAUGGCGUUCUUGCAUUCUUACAGAUUGGAUUUUCUGGAUUAAACCAACGAAGAGCAAGCUAUCGAUCUUAUUUUAUCCUGGCUGCACUCACUGUAGCCACUAUGGGUUUAUCAAAUCAUUCAGUUGGUUAUUUGAAUUAUCCUACGCAAGUGAUGUUUAAAUGUUGCAAAUUGAUUCCCGUACUUAUCGGCGGUAUUAUUAUACAAAAAAAAACGUUUAAUCGUUAUGAUGUUGCUGCUGCUUUUUGCAUGUCCAUUGGAUUAAUAUUUUUUACAUUAGCUGAUUCAAAAGUACGACCGAACUUUAAUACAUACGGUGUCAUUGUUAUAUGUUCGGCUCUUGUUGCUGACGCUAUAAUUGGCAAUUAUCAAGAAAAAAUUAUGAAAGCAAAUCAUGUUUCAAAUGUUGAAAUAGUAUUUUAUAGCUUUAUGUUUGGUUUUUUUCUUAUUUUAGUUGGUCUCUUGGUAACAAAUAGGUUAUUUUCAAGUAUCACUUUUUGGAAUCAGCAUCCUAUCACAACGUAUGGUUAUGGUUUGUGUUUUUCCGUUUUUGGUUAUUUGGGUAUCGAUAUUGUGUUAACUUUAAUAAAAGAAUAUGGUGCGCUGCUUUGUGUUACUGUUACAACAUGUCGCAAAGCAAUAACGAUCAUACUAUCUUUUGCACUCUUUUCAAAGCCCUUUGUUCUGGAUUACCUUUGGUCUGGCUUAAUUGUUGUUGUCGGUAUUUAUCUCAAUAUUUAUAGUCACAAUCAAGCAGCAUUUAAUGCUAAAAUAGCAUCAUUUACUAAUAGUUUAUUUGGCUUUCGCGAUCCGACAAAAUCUCCAACAUCAGCUAUUCCACGCAUUUUACCUGUUUAA